AUCCGCCGGAGUCGGUCGGGUGGCUUUGGUGGUGGUCCCACUUGAUAGGGACCGUUUUUUUCUUACGUCAACCAGUAAACCGGGCGGUGGCUGUGUGCUUCACACAGUCUCCCUCCGUACAGUGAACGGCGCCACACUGGGAACCCGAGUACGGCUCUGUCGGCAAACGAUGGCGGAAGUUGGGACCAGCUCCAGCGGCGAUGGAGAAUCGCCCGCAACGGACAAACCGAAGGGUACGGUCAAAUUUACCGAGGCAGACCUGGCCGCUAUCAAACAGACGAGCGAUACGUUGAAGCGUAACCCAAAGAUGGAUUUUAGCAAAGCGGAUCUGCUAAAACUGCUCAGCUAUCUUGAGGGUGAACUGCAGGCCCGCGAUGUCGUGAUUGCGGUGCUUAAGACGGAAAAGGUUAAACAUCUUCUAACCGCACCACGGUUCAGCAAAUCGACCAACUUGAACGAUCCACAUGCGGCACUGUUUCGCGACCAGCUGGCCGCCAGCGGUAACAUUGCCAGCCGACAGUCCUCCAUCCAGGCGGCCCAUUCCGAGCACGAGAUGCGGCUGAUGAACGAGCAGCGUAGCGGGGUGCGCGAACAGAUGGAUUCUCUAGCCGCUCUAGUCAUGCAGCAACGUCAAGCGCAGGCAAAAAUGAUCGAAGCACUAAAGGAUGCCGAAGAGCGUCACAAGCGGGUAGUGCAGGAGCUGUACGAUGAGCGCCGUAAGCACGAGCACACUACCGCCCAAGGAGACGACAUUACGUACGGGUUGGAGAUUGAACGUUCUCGGCUGAAGCAAGAACUGGAUCACGAGAAGGAGCAGCAUAAGGUGCUGGAGAUAGAGUUGAAGAAGGUGCAGGAACAGUUCGAGGCAGAAAAGAAUCGUCAGAAGCAGAUCGUACUCUUGUUGCUUGCCGAGCGCAAAAAGAUCAUCAUCAAAUACAUCGAGGAACGGAAGCGGAGCGAAGAUUUAGCUCAAAUACUGUCCGAGGAAAAGCAACGCGUCGAUACGAUUGCAGAGGGGCUGGAGGAGGAAAGCAAGAAAUCGCUCCGAAUGGAGGCGGAGAUGGAGAAGCAGGCGCUACAGUUUGAGAUCGAACGGAAAAUGCUGCACCAGAGUUUAGCGAAGGAGGAAAAACGGGUAAAGGAUCAGGAACUAGAAAUACAGCAGCUUAAGGCGGAAAUUGAAUUGCUACGCAAGCAAACCGGUAUACGACAUCCGCUAGUUGCUCCACAGUUACCUACCAAACCGGGCGGUCUCGUACCGUCUCGGCCCUCGAUCGGUGGAACACCCGGCGGUGGCGUUUCUUCCACUGGUGUUGCAGCAAGUCCCUCAUCGGUUGGUGCGACCGUAACUGCAGGAACUAUAGGUAUUCCGGGACAAAUGAUUAGUAGCAUGGCAACAAAAGUUGUACAACCGACUGCAACCGUAUCGAGCGUUCCCGUUUCGGCACCAACCACUGGAAUUGCGCGAUCAGUCUCACCAGGGCAACUCAUAAGACAGACGGCCAUUUCGCAACUUUCCAUCACUUCGCCUCCAAUAGUCGGUAGUGGUCCCGGUACUGCGGGCCCAGGUACGGUUGGAACUGGAACAAACGCUUCCGGCGUACCAGCUGGAACAGCUUCGGAUACCUACGCAAACACACCAACGGGGAAGAUGGCGAGCACGGGCGUACGUAAGGCGGCCGGCAUUGCAGCGGCUACGGUAAUCAGCGGUGGAGGAGGAGCAUCAGCAGCAGCACCGGGCACGAUGAGCCCACUAUCCGGCUCAUCAACGGCCACCAUCAAGAAGACAAUAAUUUUGCCGGUGGGUGGUCGCGGAGUGCCGCCACCGAUCCCACCCAACAAGCCGCAGAUACCACCGAAACUGUCUGGUGUGUCGGCCGUGGCAGCCGUGGCAGCCGGUGCCGUUUCGUCCCGUAUUCCUUUUCUCAGCAACAGUGGUAGCAGCAGUAGCAGCAGCAGCAGUGGGAGCAGCACUGGAUCGAUCAGCGGUGGGAAUGGGAGCAUCACCACGACCCCUGUUAGCCCCGUCAGCAGUAGUAUCGGCAGUAACGCACUCAGUAGCACGGCCACCGCCAGCAACAGUUCGUCCGCCAUCAGUAGUAGUAACAGUGUUAACAGCAAUAGUGUGCUACAGUCAUGCUCACCAAACACCAAUAGCACCACCAACACAACUAUUACCAGUACCGCCAUAUUCUCCCCUUCCAACUCCUCCAAUUCCACCACCAUGAACAUAAACUCACUGAGCAGCACCAAUAAUGCCGCCAAUAAUGCGCCAAACGCCUUGCAGCAGCAACAUCAUUCUCAUCCCGUACCGCAGCUCUACACGCACCAUCCGCAUCACGUUUCUCAUCUCGCUCAUGUUGCCAGUGCCGGUGGGACCCCAACAGCCACAGCAGCAGCAGCAGCAGCGUCAACAGCCGCCACCACCACAACCAGCCCUAUCCAACAGCAAAGUUUUGCGUCGACAGCCCCAUCUGCCUCAUCCGUAUCAUCAGCCGCCACCGGUGGGUCAUCCGAAAUAUUGACCGGCUGCGAAGGUGGGAUAGUGUAAAUGGCUGGCUGGA